AUGCCAGAAUUGGUCGAUCACCUUGGUGAUUAUCAUGAACAAUUUGACGCUGUGUUUGACAAGGCUGCCGAUAUUGAACAUUUAAGCAUUCAAUGGGAUAUCUUUGACGUGAUAAACAAGCAAGAGUACCCUUCUUACGAAGAUAUUGCCAGCAAGAAAUACGAUGCCAUUCUCUUGACAGGCUCCGAUUGCAGCGCGGAAGGUAAUGAUCCUUGGAUCCUGAAGCUGGUGGAUUUCCUAAAGACGGUACAAGAGGACCAUGUGGGCCAUGUCAAGCUCAUUGGUAUCUGUUUUGGUCAUCAAGUCAUUAUGCGUGCUGCUGGUGGUAAAUCAGAGGUGAACGAAGCCGGUUGGGAGACAGACAAGAAAGUAUUACGAAUUAAUCAAUUCCACAAAGAUCAUGUGGUAAAGCUUCCAAAGGGUUUCAAGAGCUUGGCUUAUACAGAAAAUAGUACGCCCACACAUAUUGUUGUCUCUGAAAACGGGCAAUGUCUCUCUAUUCAAGGCCAUCCUGAAUUCUGUAGGGACACCAUGAGAGACAUGAUCAAGAUCCGCAUGGACAAUGGUGCCUUGGAACAUCACCUUGCUCAAAGAGCCCUAGAAACAUUAGAUAAUGCAUACCCAGAAAUGGAAGAUGUUUGGUUUGCAGAGAAAGUAUUAGAUUUUAUUCUCAACAAGCUCUAA